AGAGACAAAAAGGCUAUAACUACACCAUUAAAAUACAAACUGAAUCUGCUGGGCUUACUAAAAACAAGCAGCGCGGAGGUGCUUAAUAAGCCUUUUUAAGGUUAAUGUUUAGCUCUGAAAGAAGACAGGGGAGCAAAGAUGCAGAGAAUGGAUUUUGAGGAUAAGAAGUCCAAGAGGUAUUGCAUGAAGAAAAAGCAUGUGGCCAUCAUCUGUGCAGCAGUGGCUGCGGUAGGUUUAGCUGUGGGACUUGGCGUGGGAUUAAGCAGACCUGAGCCUUGCCAACCUUCCGGAGGCACAGAACAGCCAGCAACCACUACUCCUGGGACAGUGGAGGCAAGCCACUGCCCUCCCAAAAAUGAUGCAACGGGAGAAUGGACAGAUUUCAGGCUACCCACUUACAUUAACCCAGAACACUAUGAGUUGGAAAUGAAGCCUAUGAUGGAUGAAGAUAUCUACACAGGGACAGUCAAUAUCUCCAUCAAGUUGAGUAAACCUACCAAGUACUUGUGGCUUCACCUCCGAGAGACCAAGAUCACAGAGAUGCCCAUGCUCCAGAAAUCCUCGGGGGAGCAGAUUGCACUGAUCGAGUGUUUUGAAUAUGAACAACAUGAAUAUGUGGUGAUGGAGGCAAAAGAGAUGCUCUCUGCCACUACUGCAAAUGACAACUAUCUACUAACCCUGAAGUUCCAAGGCUGGCUGAAUGGCUCCCUCGUUGGAUUUUAUAGAACCACCUACACAGAGAAUGGAGUGACCAAGAGCAUAGCAGCUACCGAUCAUGAGCCAACAGAUGCACGGAAGUCGUUUCCUUGCUUUGAUGAGCCCAACAAAAAGGCAACUUACAACAUAUCAAUCAUCCAUAAAGAACCAUUCAAAGCACUCGCAAACAUGCCCGUAGAGCAAACAGUUCAAGUGGGUGAUGGCUGGAACAGGACAACUUUUCAGAAAUCUGUCCCAAUGAGCACAUAUUUGGUGUGCUUUGCUGUGCACCAGUUUGAAUGGGUAGAAAGAACGUCUGCCAGUGGAAUUCCUCUCAGGAUAUAUGCACAGCCACUGCAAAUACACACAGCAGAAUAUGCAGCAAAUGUUACUAAAGUUGUAUUUGACUACUUUGAACAGUAUUUUGAUAUGAACUACUCUCUUCCAAAAUUAGAUAAAAUAGCUAUUCCAGAUUUUGGUACUGGUGCUAUGGAAAACUGGGGUCUGAUCACUUACAGAGAAACAAACCUACUUUACGAUCCCAAAGAAUCUGCUUCAUCCAACAAACAGAGAGUGGCAGCUGUGAUUGCCCAUGAGCUCGUUCACCAGUGGUUUGGAAACAUUGUGACCAUGGACUGGUGGGACGACUUGUGGCUAAAUGAAGGAUUUGCCAGUUACUUUGAGUUCCUGGGAGUAAAUGCUGCAGAAACUAGUUGGCAAAUGCUUGAUCAGGUGUUAAUUGACGACGUGCUGCCUGUGAUGAAGGACGACUCCUUGUUGUCUUCUCACCCUAUUGUGGUCAAUGUGUCAUCUCCAGCUGAAAUAACAUCCGUAUUUGAUGGCAUAUCAUACAGCAAGGGAGCAUCAAUUCUCAGAAUGCUUCAAGAUUGGAUUACACCAGCACAUUUUCAAAGAGGAUGUCAGGCGUACCUAAAGAAAUACCAGUUCCAGAACGCAAAGACAGAUGAUUUCUGGGAAUCCCUGGCAAAUGCAAGUAGUAAGCCAGUGAAGGAAGUGAUGGACACCUGGACCAGGCAGAUGGGAUACCCUGUAUUGAAUGUGGAAGCUAAUUCGAAGGUCAUACAGAGACGCUUUCUGUUGGACCCCUCAGCAAAUUCUUCUGAACCGACCUCUGCACUAGGUUACACAUGGAAUAUCCCAGUGAAAUGGCGUGCUGGGGCCGAAACAGAUGUUACAUUCUACAAUAAGUCAGAAUCUGCAGGAAUUACUAUAACACCCAGCAACCCUGAUUCUUUACUGAAAAUAAAUCCAGACCACAUUGGAUUUUAUCGUGUAAAUUAUGAAACACAAACUUGGAACAACAUAAGCAGCUUAUUGGUCAUCAACCAUACGUCUUUUUCUUCUGCUGAUCGUGCCGGGCUUCUGGAUGAUGUGUUUUCUUUGGCAAGGGCUGAACUUUUGAAUUAUGGUGUUCCACUGAAUCUAACAAAAUAUCUACAAGAUGAAGAAGACUAUUUACCUUGGCAUAGAGUUAUAUCAGCUGUAUCUUACCUCAGAGACAUGCUUGGAGAUGAUAUAGAACUCUACCCCAGGUUUAAGGCAUACUUUCGCAGUCUGGUUAAACCCAUUGCAAGUAAGCUGGGUUGGAACGAUGAUGAAACUGGAAGCCAUGUGAUGAGGCUUCUUCGUGCAGAUGUUUUAGGAUUUGCAUGCAGCAUGGAUGACCAGGAUGCUUUGAACAAUGCAUCUAGCUUAUUUUAUUCCUGGUUAAAUGGAGCAAGUCCACCUGUAAAUCUCCGGCUCUUGGUAUAUCGCUAUGGGAUGCAGAACUCCGGCAAUGAGACAUCAUGGAACUAUAUGUUUCAGAAAUACCAAAGUACUUCAUUAGCUCAAGAAAAAGAAAAGUUGCUCUAUGGUCUGGCAUCAGUGAAGAACAUCACCCUUUUGGACAGCUAUCUAAAAUAUAUUUACAACACCAGUCUUAUUAAAAGUCAGGAUGUGUUCACUGUCCUGAGAUACAUCUCCUAUAACAGCUAUGGCAAAACCAUGGCUUGGGACUGGAUACGGCUCAACUGGGAAUACUUAGUCAGCAGAUACACUAUCAAUGAUAGAAAUCUUGGUCGAAUAGUAUCAAUAACCCAAACAUUCAACACUGACCUUCAGCUUUGGCAGAUGGAAAAUUUCUUUGAAAAAUACCCUAAUGCUGGAGCAGGAGAAGCACCCAGGAAACAGGCUCUUGAAACAGUAAAGAACAAUAUUGAAUGGCUAAAACAAAACAAGGGAGAGAUAGAAGCAUGGCUAACAACCUAA